GACGUUGCGCAAUUGUACAUAUGAUAUGCGGGAAUAAAUCCAUAAACCCUAUGGAGGCUUGCUGGCAGUGCCACGGCGUUGCCAGGCUUUGGCCAAGGCCUCGCCAAGGACAGAAUGCAAGAUCCCUCAAGAAGGCCAUUGUCCGCUGUGGCGCCAAGUCUGCCAAGAGUGCGGCGGCUCGUGCGCCGGGCCUAGGAUUUGGAGCAAGAGCGCCGCCGAAAACCGCUGCAUCAAGUGCCAGCGUUUUGCUCAGAAGGUCGGAGCAGCUCUAUGACCGGCUCUUGGACGAUUUCUCCCCGGAUCGCAAGAUACGAGAGUUUGUGGUUUGCUUGAGGCAGAGGGGCUCCGCGCAGAGCAAGAAGCUGGACGACUGGCUUCCUGUGGCGGAGCUAGCCUUGGUAUCCGAGGAAGAUGCUGCCCAAGCUCUUCCCAAAGCCAUCCGUUUCCUCUGCCGGGAAGUUGCAGAAUGUGGAGCUAAAGCAUCCGCGUCUUUGAGGCAGAUUCCUCGAUCCGAUUUGGAAUACGCGUAUGAACCAGCAAACGACUUUUACGAGCUCGUCCUUGGGAGCUGUUUCAAUGCAAAGAAAGCAGAGGAGGCGGCAGCAUCUGCUAGCGAAUGCCCAUAUGCAACUCUUGGCCUGCAGAGAAAUGCUUCUGCAUCCCAGGUACGCACUGCCUACAGGAUGUUGGCCGCCAAAAACCAUCCAGAUAAAAACGGAGGCAAAACAGACGACAAUGAUUUCAAAAGGAUUGUGAGUGCCUACGAACGUAUCAGAGUGACAGGCUUCACGGUGAGCAAAGAUUACGGGUACGCUGCAAUAGGUGGCAACAAACGUCAAGCAUUCAGUACUCCAGUAGUAAUUGAGAGCUCCAACGUUCCCAGGGAGCUCCCUGACAGCAUGCAAGUGGCUGUUAGACAGAUUGACCCUGAAAUUGUCUCGCUUUUCUCUGCACGAACCGCCGGACACUGAGGGUGAGUGCAGGGGUAUUUCUCAUAUUAAACGAUUUGGCCAUUCCACGGUUUCCAAAA